CAUUGUCCUGGGGAAGUCUGAGUACCCCAUUGACCCAAAAAUAACAAGUACAAUGUGGUUUCAUUGCUUAGAAAUAGCGUACAUAUCGCUUGAAUAAGUAGUGCACAUAAGGUGUUUGAUGAAAUGUUAGAAAGAAGUUAAAAACUGAAAACCGUAGUCGACGGUGCGCGUCGACGGCACGUCGCUGUAUCGGCGGUACCGUCGAACACGCCGUCGCAUCUGGUCAUAUGAAUCCUUCACUGGAAGCAUCCGACGGUGAGGUCCGACGUACCGUCGAGUAUUCGACGGAGCGUCGCUCCCUACCGUCGCACAUGCCUCAGGAUUUGGGUCACUGGAAAAGACCACGGUCUGGGUCGACGCACCAUCGAAGCUCUGACGUCACCGUCGCACCCCACCGUCGAUAUUCAAACAUCUUUUAUUUUUCUGGUUUUGAGCACCGAUUUGAAUUACAUUUUUUUUUAGGCACUAUGGCCCCAAAGAAAGGCAAAGGUCAAGCAUCCGACCAAAGUUCGAAUCCACCAGCUCGUAACACGAGGCAGAGUCGCCAACCAAGAAUAUCUUCAUCAUCCUCGUCUGAAGAGGAGCCACAACACAGCAGCAGCAGUUGCUCCAUUCCAGUUCCACUUGAAGUGGGGGGGUGCAACUUCGACUCCUGUUCCGACCAAGGCCCCAGUUCAGGUUGAAGUCCCUGACCAAGAGGAUUCGAACAUCAUUAGACGAAAGGAUCAACAGUUAAGGGAAGCGAUAAGAUGGCAAGUGCCAGGGUCUCGUGACAGGUUCUACAAGCAGCUUGAACAGACGGACAGGAUGCAGAAAAAAAGGGCCAUUUUUGAAGAACACCAGAUUAUCACUACAACCUUGUAUUAAUAUCCCGAACUCGAGCGACGGUUCAAUGAAUAUCAAUUGAAAUGGAUGAGCAGGCCACUAGGAUCGUAUCAACCCAACUGGGUUCGUAAAUUCUUUGCAAAUUACUUGGCAUUGCUUGAGAAGGAUUUGCCCAAAGGGAAGACGCGCCCGAUGGAACCAAGCUAGAUAUAGUUCCAGUUCGUGGGGUCAACAUAGACAUCUCUGCAAGGACCCUGAACAGGUUUUUGUUUGGGCCUGAGUAUCAAAUCCCUGGGGCGACUCCUGACUUAGAACAUCGGGUAUUCACAAGAGCUGAACAGAGGCACUGGUUAGAAAGGAUUUUAACUGAUGGAGGUUCGCCUUCAUGGCUACAUACCUCAACUGAUCACAUCUCAAAGAAGUCUCUGGAGUUUUCGCGCAAAAUUCUGUUGGGCAAUUGUGCGACUGAGGCUCAUGCCUACAGGGGGUGACGAUCGAUUGGAAGGCACCAGAGCUGUACUUGUUGCAUCUUUAAUUGAAGGAUACACGAUAGAUUUCGGUCACAUCAUUGCUGAUGAGCUGUUCUUUCGUGCCCGCAAGACUCACACGGCCUUGCCAUUUCCAUGCCUCAUCACCGAAUUGUGCAGGCGGGCGAAUGUAUCACUGAUCAGUGGAGUUGAUAAUGAGGUUCCUGCAAUACACACACAGGAUAUCGAGAGAACGAAGGAUUGGUCACGCUUCGACUUGAGAACCAACAGGCCACCGGCUCAGCAGACUCAGUCCGCUCCGGUUCCUGAGCCAUCUGAUUUCCCAGCAGGUAUGCCUAUGUCGUUGACUGUCUAUGCUCCUCCCACCACCUCUACAGGUUCAGCUUCCAUGCCAAUGGACAGGUCCCCAACCUCUGCAUCUGUCCCGCCUCUACCUUCAGAAUACAGGAUGAAUCCUGAGAACUUCGCCAAGACAGUUCGCAAAGUCAACAAGGUUGAAAAACAAAUGGCUAUUUGGGGGCAAGGCUUCAAAUCUUUUGUUGAGCAGAUCGUAGAAGAUGCAUUACACCCCUACAGGAACAUUCAGCUCCGCAUGGAUAACUUGGAGGAAAGGGUCAACAAGAGGAUAGCGGAACUAACCAUCCCUGAGUUUGCAAAGGUAAUUGAGGAAGUUCGAAAGCUCCGGGCAGAUGCAGACGGGAUAAUGCAGCAGCCACAGCAGCCCAUCGUUGAUCCUGUUCAGAUUCCUAGUGAUAAUGACAAGGGACUUGUAGAUCUCUUCGGAAAUCCGAUCACAGGCAAGGGUAAGCAGCCGGCGCAGGCAGAUGCAGAAACUGAGGAAGAUGCAAGGAAAUCUGCAAAGAGAGCAGAGAGGAAACGUCGACUGGAGGCCAUGUCACCAGAGCAAUUGGAGGAAUAUCAGGUAGCUAAGGCCAAAAAAAAAAAAUCAAAGAAAACGGUUGCGCGAGAGGAGAAGAGACGACAGGAUGAAGCUGCUGGAGUUUCCACCAGUGCUGCUCCAAUCGGAGAGCUCGAGAGGAUGUACCUCCGCCUUCGGAGGAUGUUAUUCAGAGUACUCCCUCAACAUUGGGGUCAACAUUGGGGUCAACAUUGUUCCAGGAGAGGUCACUGAAGCCUCACCACGUCUCAGACACCUCAGAUGAGUAAGAGGCGCACAUCAAGUAUUUCUCCAUCCUUAAUCUUUACAUCACAUGCAUUGGGGACAAUGCAUUGUUUUGUGUGGGGGUGGGAAUGCUUGCAGCAUGAGGGAAUAAAAGCUAAGUGGGAGGAAGUACUUGAAGAAUUGAGCAAAAACAAAGAAAAAAAGGCAUACGACGGUGCAUCCAACGGAACGUCGAUAUUUCGAUCGAACGUCAGCCUUCAUCGUCUAUCAAAUCCAGAAGAGUACCUCACUGGAACAAAGCGACGUUACGCUCCGACAGGGCAUCGAACCUACGACGCACCAUCGUUUGGAAGAUGAAAGACCAAACACUGGAAACCAGCGACGGGCCGUCGUACCGUUGACGGGACGUCGACCUCGACAGUCGAACUGCAGCAGCACGCAACA